AUGAGGCUCCCUUCUUUACCCGUUCUCUCGUUCCUGCUGGGCACGGCGCUGGCCGCCACCAGCAACGCCGAAGCUGGUCUUCUUUCCAAUGGGAAAGUCUCCCUCGGUGACUGGAAGUCCGCCCACGAAAAGGCCACCCAAUUCGUGGCCAAACUCAACACCACCGAGAAGAUCAAGCUCAUCACCGGCAGCAGUGUGACUACCACUGAUGGCGAGACCUUCACCGCGCUCGAUAUCCUUGACGGUGAUAUGGGGGCGCAAGCCUACUACUACGUCUCGGCGUUUAGUCUGUCGUCUGCGUUGGCCAUGACCUGGGAUAAGGACGCCAUGUAUGCGCAGGGCAGAGCUGUGGCAGCCGAGUUCUACGGCAAGGGUAUCCAGAUGGUGGCUGGACCGACUUCGCAGCCUCUCGGCCGGACUCCCUGGGGUGGUCGUCUUGUUGAGAGCUUCGGGCCUGACCCCUAUCUGAAUGGGAUUGCGACGGGGUUGGAAACUAGGGCUUACGCGGAUGUUGGUGUCAUUGCCGGUGCUAAGCACUUCAUCCUCAACGAGCAGGAGACUAACCGUACUAGCAGCGGAGGUGGAGGAGGUGGCGGUGCGCCUGGAGGCACUGGGAGCAUGGGAAGCGGAGGUCCUGACUCCAGCUCAGACUCGCCCAGUAUGUUUGCCACAAGCUCGGCAGGAGCCAUGCCAUCCGCCUCAUCUGCACCAGGAGCUGCUGCCUCGUCCUCACCCGGUGGUGCUGGGAUGGGUGGCGCCAUGUCCUCGUCUUCGUCGUCAUCCUCCAGUGCCCCCUACUCGUCCAACGCUGAUGACAAGACCCUGCAUGAAACGUAUCUCUGGUCCUUCUACGAUGCCGUCCACUCCGGCCUUGGUGGUAUUAUGUGUGCCAUGACAAAGGUCAACGGUACUCUUUCCUGCGAGAGUUCCACCCUCCUAAUGGACCUCCUCAAGACCGAGCUUGGAUUCCCUGGCAUGGUGUGGCCCGACACCAACGGCCAACAGGAUGCCCUGGAGUCUGCUGCCAAUGGACUGGACUAUGGCUCGUCGAGUCUCUGGACCGACUCUACAAUUGAAGGAUACCUCGAGAGCAACAACCUCACGGAAGCUCGCCUGAACGACAUGGCCAUUCGCAACCUGAUGGGAUACUACUAUGUGAACCUCGACAACGGCACCCAGCCCGCGACUGCUGAUCAGGAUGACUAUGUGGACGUGCGUGCAAACCACGCGAAGCUGAUCCGCUCCCAUGGCUCCAAGUCGAUGGUUCUCCUCAAGAACAAGAACAACACCCUGCCCCUCAACAAGCCGCACAAGAUGGCCAUCUUUGGAUCUCAUGCACGCGCCGCCAUUGCCGGCCCCAACCUCCAAUUCAGUGUUGAGGGCUCGGGCCCUACAUACGACGGCCAUAUUGCUACCGACUCUGGCUCUGGCCAGGCCUCGCUGCCCUACCUCAUCACCCCGGAGAACGCGCUGAACAUCAAGGCCAGCCAGGACGGCACGAUGCUCCGCUGGGUCUCCAACGACACGUACUCUUCCUCCAGUGGGUCAACGCUUGUCAUGCAGGGGUCGUCCAGUACCUCCGUCACCCCAUCUAUCAGUGCCUACUCCGAGAACAUGGACGUCUGCCUCGUCUUCAUCAACGCCUUUGCCGGCGAGGGUGCGGACCGUACGGAGCUGCGCAACACCGACCAGGACGAUCUCAUCAAUGAAGUUGCCGAGAACUGCGACAAUACCGUCGUCGUGAUUAAUACCGUCGGUGCCCGCAUCCUCGACAGCUGGAUCGAGCACGAGAAUGUCACGGCCGUGCUGUACGGCAGUCUGCUUGGCCAGGAAUCCGGCAACUCCAUCGUUGAUGUCUUGUACGGCGAUGUCAACCCCAGCGCCCGUCUGCCCUACACCAUCGCGAAGAACGAAUCAGACUACAAUGUGGAGAUCUGCUACACCGCGCAGUGCAACUUCACCGAGGGCAACUAUAUUGACUACCGCUACUUUGACGCCUACAAUGUGACGCCUCGCUAUGAGUUUGGCUUUGGGCUGUCGUACACUGAGUUUGAGUACGAGAACCUCCACAUUCAGGGUCCCUCUGCGCUGUCGAAGUACCCGACCGGCCAACUUGCCGUCGGUGGGUAUGAGGAUCUGUGGGAUACCGUGGCGAAGGUUACUGUUACCAUUCAUAACACCGGCUCGCUGGAUGGUGCCGAGGUGCCUCAACUCUACAUCUCGUAUCCUGAUGCCGCAAAGCAGCCCGUCCGCCAACUGCGUGGUUUCGAGAACGUCCAUAUUAAGAAGGGCAAGCAGGCCAAGGUGACCUUUAGCUUGCGCCAGCGCGAUAUCUCGUACUGGGAUGUUGAGGCGCAGAAGUGGGCGGUUGCUCCGGGCAAGUAUGCGGUCUCGGUUGGGGCCAGUUCGAGGGAUCUUAGGCAACAUGGGUCUUUUGUUGUCAAGACCAAGGCUUGA